AUCUGCUUCCAUUCAUGCCUUCCCAGUAAAGCAAAGAAUGAGUUUGCCGAAGCAAUGGAAGCUAUGCUUGGAGUGCAGCAAGAUCCGAGCCACAGCAGCCUCCGGGGUCAAAAUAAGUACUCCAUAUCCAUUCGCUUAUCAGCCGAAGGAAGCGAGCGAGCGAGGGCGAAAGCAAGAGAAAGCCCGCCGAGAUGGGGAGAGCCUUCGUCUACGUGAUACUCGGCGGAGGAGUCGCCGCCGGCUACGCGGCGCUCGAGUUCGUACGGCGAGGAAUCUCCCACGGCGAGCUCUGCAUCAUCUCCGAGGAAUCCGUUGCACCUUAUGAACGGCCUGCACUGAGCAAAGGAUUUUUACUUCCAGAAGAUCCUGCACGCCUUCCAUCAUUUCAUACUUGUGUAGGUGCCAAUGAGGAGAUGUUGACACCGAAAUGGUAUAGGGAGAAUGGCAUCGAACUUGUUCUUGGAACUAAGGUAAAGUCUGCUGAUGUGACACGGAAGACAUUGCUUACGGCAACUGGGGAGACUAUUAGUUACAAGAUUCUCAUCAUUGCAACAGGUGCUCGGGCUAUAAAGCUCGAAGAAUUUGAAGUGAGGGGAUCUGAUGCUGAAAAUGUGUGUUAUUUACGCAAUUUGGCUGAUGCAAGUAGGCUGGUGGAUGUAAUGCGCUCUUGUACUGGCGGAAAUGCUGUUGUCGUUGGUGGUGGCUACAUUGGCAUGGAAUGCACAGCAGCUUUAGUUAAAAAUCAAAUAAAAGUAACCUGGGUCUUCCCUGGGAAGCAUUGCAUGGGUCGUCUAUUUACACCAAAGAUCGCUUUGUUUUAUGAAGACUAUUACAAGUCAAUGGGAGUUAAUUUCAUAAAAGGAACAGUGCUGACAUCAUUUGAAAAUGACUCAGGGAGGAAGGUGACAGCAGUGGUUCUUAAAGAUGGCAGACGCCUUCCUGCUGACAUGGUUGUGGUGGGCAUCGGCAUCCGUGCAAACACCGGUCUAUUUGAAGGUCAGCUGAAUAUGGAUAAAGGUGGCAUUAAGGUGAAUGGACGAAUGCAAACUAGCAACAGCUCCGUGUAUGCUGUUGGUGAUGUUGCUGCAUUCCCGAUCAAACUCUUCGGCAACGACGUCCGGCGACUAGAGCAUGUCGACUCUGCACGAAAGACCGCAAGGCAUGCAGUGGCUGCGAUCAUGGCACCUCGCAAAACUGGCGACCUCGACUAUCUGCCAUUCUUCUACUCCAGAGUCUUCACACUAUCUUGGCAGUUCUAUGGGGAUAACGUUGGCGAAGUCGUCCACUUUGGUGAUCUUUCCAGUGGGAGGUUUGGUGCAUAUUGGGUCGACCAAGGCCGGAUAAUGGGAGCUUUCCUUGAGAGUGGAAGCAGAAAGGAGUACGAGGCAAUAGCAAAGGCUGUUAAGCUCAAGGCGACGGUCGAGGACAUGGCUAAGCUUGAAAGAGAAGGCCUUGAAUUUGCUUUCCAGGUAAGCCAGCGGGCAAUGCAGGAGAGUGGGCUUGUUCUGGAAAGGCUGACACCGUGUGCAUGGCAUGCCUCGGCUGCUGCCGCUGCGGCUCUGUCAAUCGCUGCAUUUGCUUACUGGUACGACUGGUGGCGCCCGAUAUGGUGACAAUUAUAAAAAAGAAUUACGGAAAGAAUUGGUGCAGCAUCUAUAGGAAUGCAUUAGAGCCAACACCAAGUGGUUGAAGGUAGAGGGAGGCUUUGUUGCAGUGCGGUGAGAGCUUCUCAAAAGGGCUGGCAUGAGUUCAGACCUUCGUAGUCACGAUUCGUCUUGCAAUGACCAUCUUGUGUACCCCUCUGUGACUCUGUGUGUGAGAUCGAAUGAGCUGGACCUGGGCUAAGUUAUCAAAGUAGUCCAUAGGGCUGGCCCAAUAUACUGUAAAAGUUUGAUCAUGGUCUAGCCCAUUUGCAUCCGUAAAGGUCGAUCCAGCGUGUAGUUUUCCAAUUGGAACUUUCUUUUUCUUUUCUUUUUUUUUUAAUAAAAAAAAUGAACCUCAGAACACUUGCUUUUCAA